UGGGGAAACAUCUGAGCUACAAGAAAGACAAGCAAACAUUUGUUAUCAUACGACACUUACACGUACGGCUAUAUAACAGACUCAAAGCUAACCUCAGUAUGUGUUAUCAUAUUAACAUGCUGUGUCUCAAAGUAUUUCUUUUCGUUUGCCUGGCAGUGGCUCUGGCAAGUCCCUUGGAAGAUGUAGAGGUCGAGGACUCGGACAGACCACUGGUACGCACAAGGAGGUACAUCACCUGUGACAGCACGUGGUCCUGUGAGGACUGCAACACGCGAAAGUUCUGUCAGGAGGCCUGGUGGACCACUUACGUCGUCUACUACCAGUGUCCCACGUGGUCACCUUACUGCAGGGCGUCGGCCACCGGGGUCCAGUGUUCCACCAACGGCACAGUUGGCUGCACUGGCUAACAUGCCCUACAAAUGUAUUUUAAGCUAAAUAUUGUAAAAUAAAUGUUUUGAUUGUUUUUGAAAAA